CCGUCGACAUCGCGUGUGAGAGAGGAAAACACGUUUAAAACUCUGGAAAUGCGUCUUCACUUCGACUCAGACGUUUAAAACAAUCGAUGCAUUCUCAGUUCCGAAAUUCGGUGUCGGUCUGUCUUGCCAUUGGUGUCGCUUUCUCUAUCUCACUGGAGUAGUCUGUACGUCGUUCGUCCCCAAUUCAUAGUUCUCAUGUCGCCUUUUCAAGGCCAUGUCGCUUGUCGGAAUUUACCCCUAACAUGGUCUCAUAAACAUCUCGCUCCUUUCGGGCUGUUGCCUAUGAACAUUGCGUGACCAUAAAACAUUUCAGGUGAUAAGAAUUGAGACGAGUUUAAAUCUCUCUCUUUUCUUUUAAUUUCGAGGGGUCUUAGUUUUCGGGGUCUGAGAUUUCGGCGUCUGAGGUUUCUGGGUCUGAGGUCUGAGGUCUGAGUUUUCGAGGUCUGAGUUUUCGUGACACCCAAAAUGGAAAUGGCGAUAGUUGUCACGCAAUCAGUUUUGUUUCGUUGCGUGAUUUCCAAAGGCCACAAUAUUUCGCGGGCUCAACCAAAAUCAUAAUGAACGAAAUUAUUACAAUUGUAAUGUUGUUAUUAUCUGCUGUUGCUCUCAGUACAGCUUUGCAUUUAUAUCAUCUGGUUGGAAUACCGAGCAUAGGAAUAAGUCAUGGACUUGUGUAUGUAAAAAUUGGACGAGAACUGACGCGAAGGGGUUACAAAUACACGCUUGUUGUUCCAACUUGGCAAGAAAAUGACCUUAAAAAAAGUUCAGCUGGGCUUGAAGUGAAAUCUUACGAUACUCCAAUAACGGGCGAAGAUCUGGAGAAAGUAAUACUGAAAGAGGCAGAGGGGAAGCUUAAUAUUACCGAAAGGAACGAUUUUUGGAGAGCUUCUUGCGAGAGCCUGCUGAAAAACAAAGAUCUGUUGAAGAGCUUUAAAGGACACGUGCACUUGGUUGUUUGUGACAUUACAAGUAUUUGUUGUGCGAUAGUGGCCGACUUUCUCAAAGUUAAUCGCGUGGAUUUGGCUCCUGCUGGAUUUGUCGACCCAUAUGUGAGCUUUAUUCACAAUUUCCCCUCCCCCGUCGCUUAUGUUCCCUAUGGAACUGUGAAACUUCCCAAGAAAUUAGCAUUCCUUGAUAGACUACAAAACCUGUUAUUGUACUGCCUUGGUUAUAUAAUGCACGAGUUCGUUUUUAUGCCACCUUUUGAAGAACUUUGGAGAUCUUACGUGAAGGAUAGUAAAUUUUCCAGUCUUAACGAGGUCUUCAGAGCCACAGGUAUUCUUCUGAUUCCCAAUGAUUUUGCUUUGGAUUUUCCUAGACCUUUUGGAUCCCACGUGAAAGUCAUUGGUCCCAUACUGCCAGAACCACCAAAGCCACUUACAACAGAAACACAGAAUUUCAUCACUCAAGGAAAUCCUAAAGACUUAGUCCUUGUUUCAUUUGGUACUGUCAUUUCAAACUUUAAGUCAGAUUUUCUGGAGACUAUAACAUCAGGGCUGUCUCAGGUCCCCGUUAAGGUGAUUUGGAAGUUCAAAGGUCAAGUACCUCAGAAUGUCAGUGCAAAUAUCAGAAUUGUUCCAUGGAUGCAGCAAAAUGAUAUCUUAGGGCACACAGCUACAAAGGUGUUUUUUACACAUGGAGGUUUAAACAGUGUUCUUGAAGCUGCAUAUCAUGGUACUCCUAUGGUUGUCUUACCGUUAUUUGGCGACCAACCUGCAAAUGCAAUGAAAGUACAGGAGGCGGGUAUUGGCAUAAUACUGAACUUACAAGAUCUGACUCCAAUCCAGGUUACAAAUGCCAUAACCGAAGUCAUCCAAAAUCCCAAAUACAAAGAGAAUGCAAUGAAAGUUUCGAAACUGAUACGUCACAGACGCAUAACUCCAACUCAGGAAGCCUGUGAUUGGAUUGAAUAUGGGUUACAUAACAAUGCUGGAUUGCAUCUAAGGAGUCAAGCUGAUAACUUAUCUUUUUUCCAGCUCUAUCUUCUGGAUGUGUUGUUUCUGAUCAGUGUGGUUAUUCUCUGUCUCAUAAUUUUGUUGUAUUCUUGCAUGAAGUAUUGUUUAAGGUAUAUAGCACAAAUGUGUUUUAAAAAGUUCAAAACUGAGUAAGGAAACAGUUGAUGAAGUGUGAUCUAGGUUUCAAGUGAUUGUGUACAAAGUAAUCUCAAGGCAGACGCCCCGUGGGGAGUCAUUGGAGGGAGCCAUGAAGUUUAACUCUUACUCAUUCCCAGUCAUUUUUUGUGUCAAAAAGAGUCGAGGGAGACUGAGUGAAAUUUUUCAGGGACACAGGGAAGAUUAUUGUAAGGAAAAAAAAGGAGAGAGGGAGUCUUCCUUCUCUUCUCCCAAUGACCCUUAGCAUAAUGCUCUUUUCUUUGUAAUGUUCAAUGGAACUCUCAAGAGAUAACUGGGGGACAAGUAGCAGCUAAAGCAAUGUUUCCAAAGAAACAGGGUGUCGUGAGGUGGGGGUGGGGGUACGGUUGGGAGCUCAAGCCAAAAAAGCCUGCUGUGGCAGAGUGUGGUUAUUUUCUGGAGUGCCAUGCUCACUGAAAGAGUGAGUAACUAGUACAGACAGACAGAC